AUGGAUCCAAUCUCGAUCACUACAGCCUGUAUAGGCACGAUCGCCGCGGUCGCCCAGCUUUCAGCCCAAGCCCAUGGUUUUGCCUCCCGGUUCAAAGACGCCCGCAAUGACAUGCAAGAGCUGCUUCAAGAGCUUGCCAGUCUCUCAGCGAGUCUCGAGAGUAUGCGUGACGAUGGCAACAUGGCCCAAUACCCGGCCUCGUUGCGCCAGAAUCUCCUCGACACCCUCCGGAAUUGCGACGACGUGACCACCCAAAUGAGCGAACUCCUGCGAAAGCUGUCUUCUACCGGACUGUUUGGCCGCUUGAAGUGGUCGCUCUCGAAGCGGGAAAAGCUGAUGAAUCUCAAGGCCAAGUUGGAGGGGCACAAGUCGGCCAUUGCAAUCGCCCUGCUCAUUGCCUCCAUAUUCGUGUCCAUGGAAACCAAGGACAACACCCACAAAAUCCUCAAUGACACAACAGUCAUGAGGCGUGAGACUGCGCAGAUUACCACGCUUUACCAGUGGAUGGGUUCGCUGCAGUUAUUCAUCCGGGAUCUCAGAAGCCGUGGAGAUACCGCAGAGGGCAACAUGUUCCAAAACAUGGUGGACAGCACUACAACCUACACUGCAGCCUUUGUGGAUCGUGACCCUCUGGAAAGAUUCCGAGCUUCGGACGAGUUUUUUGACGCUCUGGAAUAUCCUGAAGCUGCCUUGGUUCCAGACCUUCGGACCAUGAGGCUUUCGCGAAGCUGCCAGCCGGACUUGGUCAUCGCGGUUGAUUUUGGCACGACCUGCACAGGGGUCGGAUGGUGGGACACCAAGGGCACUCCUGGCGAGACACUUAACAUGCUUCGGAGAUGGCCAGGAACUGGGUUUGCAUCCGAGGACAAGGUAGAAAGCCGUGUCUGCUUAGAUACUUCUUGCGCAGAUCCCAUCGCUAACUUCAGAAAGGUGCCAACUGCACUCGCUUACCGCAAUGGCGAGCUCUUAUCCUGGGGAUUCCCGGCAAUACGCGAGACGGACGACCAUGAUACUCAAAUUUUUGACGCAUUCAAAGAAUUCCUUGACCCGCGCGUGCUGCGGUCCGCCAGCAGCUUGUGGAAAGGGUCUCGGCGCGUGCCAGAAGACCCUGAUCAUGCCCGAAAGCUAUGUCUAGAUUUCUUACGAAUGCUCUAUGCCCACAUCGAAGAGGGCUUUGCAGGGAUGGUGCAUGGAUGGCAUCAUAAAGAGAUUGAAUUCAUCUUCGCGAUACCUUCUGCCUGGGAUGUCAACAUGAUGCAAACGUUCGACGCUCUCGUUGACAAGGCUGGUUUCGGCAGGGCUGGCCCAGGGCACAGCUGCCAAUUGGGCAUAACUGAGGCGGAAGCAACAGCAAUUUCUGCUCUUUCUCACUCCACAGUGCCUUUUGCACCCAAAGGUGUCGUUCUCGUUGCUGAUUUAGGCGGAAUAUCAACGAAAAUCAGUUUUCUCCAAUCGACCGCCGGAUCGGGCCAAGGUCUACGAUUUCAGGUCCUACAUCAAGUUGAAGACUACAGCCUUGGUAGCGAAAUGAUCGACGUUGGGUUUCAACAGCUUGCAUUUGAACGGUUGAGAUACCUUGAAGCAGAACUAGGACUUUCCCGCGCCUCUAUCAAAGAUGCCGUGCGAAAGAUGACCAGCGGACUGUUCCAGACCUACAAAACUACGUUUGAGACUUCUACAAUCAUCCUUCUCAGACUGCCAGUACCAGGCCUACCAGCAGGUUUCAAUUCGAAAGAAGCCAAAGUGGAAAGGGGAUGCCUUAUACUGGACAGCAAUGAGCUACAACACCUGUUCGAUGACCAACUCAACAGGAUAUUCCAGCUGAUAGACGAUCAAAUAGCCAGAACACUGAAGGUGCUACCUGGAUCGCCCAUUUUCAACAACAUUUACCUGCAUCUCAAGCAGCAUCCAUUCAUCAUGCCGGCAGCGAAAGUCGUCCAAAUACCAGACCCACAGCUCGCAGUGGUCAGGGGCCUGCUCAUGUCCCGUGCCCACCAGCUUGCUGCGGACCGGCUUGCUGCGGCCAGCCGACCGGUGCUGCGUGCCCGCGUGGCCCGGAUAUCGUAUGGCGUCGUAUGCAACCAGCUGUUCAAUCCACACAUGCACCGGGAUCAGGAUAUAUUUAGAGACAAAACCGACCGACGGGUGUACGCACGGGACCAAAUCAAAUGGCUUGUCGUUGCGGGAACAUUGCUGGAUGAUGACAAGAACCUGAUCGAGAUCCCCAUGGUGCAUGCGGUCAGCAUCAUGAAGCCCAGGGAGACAUGGUCGCACGCAAUCGUCAUGGCUCCAAUGGGAGGGAACCGUGUCCUGUCGAAUUUGCGUCGUUCGAGACCAGCCGAGUUGACGACCGUGACGAAUCUGACGUGCAACUUCACCGACGCGCCGGCCAAGGUAUUCCGAGAGCCAGAAAGCGCAACGUAUUUGGAGGUGCAUUAUAAGAUCGCCGUCAUUUUCCAACCCCAACUCGUCAUCUUUGAGGUCCGGCUCGGCGGAGAGGCGUAUAGUCGCGGAACCCAUGAGAUUCGAUGGACAUCUAGUAGAGAGUGA